AUGAUUCCUCGACCGAGAGCGCGGCCGCAGAGUCUUCUGCAGGCUGUCACGCGACCAUCAUUAUGCCUCUCGUCACGGAUCUGCUCAUCUCAGCCCUUCCCUAGAUCAUACCACAACCUGCCGGAGCUCUCAAACGGCAAGGACGCCGUCUUCAGCAAAUAUGGCGUCCCAGGUUUCCUCUCCCCUGCCGCGUAUGACGAAACAUGGACCCAGUAUCAAACUGCUCUCUGCGACUACCUGAACGAUGAGACCCAGGGGACUACACUCGAAAGUAUCCAUGUCAAAAAACUCCACGAAAUCACCGCCAAACAACCCUCGAAGGCCGCAUUGUACAACCACGCCGCGCAAGCCCACCACAACCACUUCUUCUUCAAUGGCCUUUCCGCCAUCCCAGAACCCCACCCGCCCAAUCACACUGUCCAAAACUGUGUACAAGAGUGGUUCGAGGGCAUGGAGCAUCUACGUGAUGAGAUGGUGGAUACGGCCAUGGCCAUGUUCGGCAAUGGCUACGUGUGGCUGAUGGCGGAUGGGAAGGACGGAGGCCUGGACAAGAGCGCCCUCAGUAUCCUGUGCACAUACAACGCCGGAAGCCCAUUCGCGGCCGCACACGCACGGCGGCAGCCUCUUGACGGACAGACAGCGGGAUCAUUCGGGAAUCAGUCGCGCCACAAGAUUCUGGAACAUGAGCGAAGUUUUGACGGCACGCCCAUCUUGUGCCUCAAGGUUUGGGAGCAUCAGUGGAUGCGAGACUAUGGGCUGGCAGGAAAACAAGUAUAUGUACAGAAUUGGUGGAACCGGAUCGAUUGGGACGAGGUGGUUGCUCGGUUAGUUGUUGUACGGCCUACGGAAGGUCAGCAGUCUACCACUGCGCCUGGUGCUGCCCGCAAUCAGCGCCUGGUGGAUAGGCUCACUCAGCCAAUGUCUGCUUGA